UUCGCUCUUCUUAUUUUUUCUCAUUCUCAGCGCCACCACCGAAUGCGUGCUCUCCAAGUCACCAUUCCAAAACCCUAGAUCUCAGUCUCAUCUCCUUCUCGAUCUCACAUCUCAUUGGAGCUUUGAAUCGAUUGGUAUUGCCUCCGUUCUCAUUCACCCUCUGAAUCUCCGGUUUUCCUCCUGUUCAUCUUUAAUCUGUUGGAUUGUUUUCGAUCUGUGUCGAUUGGAUCUGCCGUUUUUGUUUUUGAUUGGAUCGAUUUGGAGAAGCCUGAAUUAUACCUGCAUUGUUUGAGAUUUAUUGGUUUUGAUUGAUAAUCGGGGUUUUGAUCUUUGUUUUAAUAGCCAUUUGAGUAUUUUUGUGUGUGUAUGCGGAUGUUUUGUGAUUUUGUAGUUGAAAUCGAAGGAAAUUAGCGUGGCUGCGUAAAGCUCUGGUUUUUAUUUAUUUUCGCCUGUUGCUUUUUAGCUUAGUUUUAAAUUUUAUUCGUUGUUUUAUUGAUUAUUUUGGGAAUUUUAAGCGGAUUUUGGGGGUUUUUUUUCAUUGAUUGGAAUUAUUGGAAGUGGGAAUGGAGCAUAGUUAGUGGGUGUUGAGUAGUAAUGGCGGCGCCAUCGGGGAACGCGGGGGCUGUGGCUCCCGAGAAAAUGCAGUUCCCUGGCGGUGGAGAAUUGCUUGCCGACCGGCAGAUGCUGGCGGACGAGCGGGAUGUGUUCAUCUCAUGGCUCAAAGGUGAGUUUGUGGCUGCAAACGCUAUUAUAGAUGCGUUGAUUCAUCAUCUGAGGGCCACGGGCGAGCUGGGGGAAUACGAACAUGUGUUUAGUGUCAUCCAGCAGCGGCGAUUUCAUUGGACCCCAGUUCUCCACAUGCAGCACUAUUUCUCGAUCGCGGAUGUCUGGAAUGCGCUGCAGCAUGCUGCUUGGAGAAAGCAGCAGCGGCGGCAGUUUGAGCAUCCGGCGCUGGAGAAGGAGUUUAAAAGGCCGGGAUAUGGACAUCGGCAGGGACAGGGACACCGUCUUGAGAAUAUUAAGGGGAGCAACAGUUCUCUCGCUUUGUCUGCCAGAGAUGGAGAGAAAGGGGAAGAAAAGACUAAGAAAAGCCAAGAAGGGAAACUGAAGGGAGAAGAACUAUUAUCGGAAGGGAAGAGCGUGGAAGUUGCGACUGAAAGAGAAGUAGUGGGUGACAACCCUAGUUCUGAUGUAGACUUCAGUGAAAAGGAUGGAGAGCAUCAGGUUGAAGCUGGGUGUGGUAAAUUGGAUCCUGCUGCUAGCAAGGGUGAUUGUGACAAAUCACAUUUGUCAAGGACCAGCAAUGAGGCUUGUGGGCAUGGUGUUGGUGGAAUUCCAGCUCAAGGGGAGAAACAUUAUCAUUGUCCAGUUCCCAAAGAAUUUUUCAGCAAGGAAGCAAAUGAUGGGAAAAUGGGAAACAUAGUUGAAGGUCUUAAGCUGUAUGAAAAGCUGCUUGAUAGCUCCGAAGUUUCGAAACUUGUUUCAUUGGUGAAUGAGUUGCGAGUUGCUGGUCAAAGAGGUGAAUUUCAAGCAGGCCCUACAGUUGUAGUACACAAGAGACCAAUGAAGGGACAUGGGAGGCUAAUGAUUCAGCUGGGUAUCCCUGUUGCUGAAGCGCCUCUGGAGGAUGAAAAUUUUUCUGGAGCCUCAUGGGAAAGGAGGGUGAAAGCUAUUCCUAGCUUGCUGCAGGAUGUUCUUGAUCGUGCCAUUGACCUGCACAUUCUAUCUGACAAACCUGAUUUUUGUGUUGUGGAUUUCUUUCAUGAGGGGGAUCAUUCACAGCCGCACCUGUGGCCACUUUGGUUUGGUAGGCCUGUUUGUAACUUAUUCUUGACAGAAUGUGACAUGGUUUUCGGUAAAUCUGUCAGAAUUGAUUCCGUGGGAGAUUAUAGAGGUUCUCUUAAGCUUUCUCUCACACCAGGGGACCUUCUUGUUAUCCAAGGUAGGAGUGCAGAUGUGGCACGGCAUGCCAUCCCAUCCUUACGCAAGGAACGGAUUCUUUUGACAUUUGGAAAGCAUCAACCCAUGAAGAAUGCCCCAUCUGAAGCCCUCUCUUUUCCUUCAUCAACCACACCGCCACCCUCUCAUUUGGGACCACCACAAAUUAGAUCUCCAGGACUCACUCGCCAUCCUAGUCCAAAGCCUUACGGAGCUGCUCCCACUACUGGUGUUCUUCCAGCCCCAUCUAUCCGGCCUCAACAUAUGCCACCACCAAAUGGAAUUCAACCAAUAUUUGUUGCACCGGCACCAGUUGCUCCCUGUCCCUGUAACUUACACUGCACACAUCCCAGUACCACCGACAUCAUCUGGGUGGACGAGGGCAGCUCCUCCAAGGCAUCCUGCUCCACGACUACCGCUUCCUGGCACCGGAGUCUUCCUUCCUCCAUCAGGGCCAGGCCUUUUUCCUCCCGCAUCUCAACUGUCAAUGACACCAACAUCUAAUGAAGCCAACUGUGCACCAGAGGUUACUGAGAAUUACAAUGGGGCCAAUAAACACUCAGAUAACAACAAUGCUCCUCCAAGGAAUAGGCUGUGAUGGAACACCACACAAAUUGGGAUCAAAUGGAAACACAAACGAUGGUUCCAGUCCCAGUGGAAGGGCAAAUGGUAAGGAUGAACAGCAAUGUAGCAAUACCAGGAGGAAAGUGGCAAACAAGGCAACAACCAGUGCAUCUUGAUAAAUGAUUAAGAUCAACAAUCUAAGCUAGUUCUAUAGAAGAAGGGUAUAAUACACAGGAAAGGAUUGUCUGCAUAGAUGCAUUGAGCUUGUCAAAGUGUAAAAAGCGGCAGCCAUCGGAGGUCUCGGAACAAUUCCACCGGUUCCCUUUCAUCCGUUUCUUUGAAAUCCAGAACCUUUUAUUUUUAUUUCGUGGUUCCAAGUCUGGGAUGUUUGUCCUUAGUGGCUUUCUCGUUGACAUUUUUGUAGUGGAGUUUGUGGAACAUGUAUGCUCUAGUCUUUAGGAACUUCACUGGAAUGAAUGAGAAUUGCUAUUAGUUCUCAACUAUCUUAUGCAGUCUUUGUUGCCGGCACUGUCACUUUUAUUUGCAGAUAUGUUAAAAUGGCAGUUGAUAUUGGGACU